GGUAGAAUUUUUGUCAAAAAUACUAUGUUUUUUUCUUCAAAAAUACUGUGUAAGUUUUAUACUGUGUACUGUGUUAAGUUUUCACUGUUGUUCUACUGUUGUUUUUUUAGUUGUUCCACUAUUGUUUUUAGUUGUUUUGUGUUUACUGGUGUUUUAUAAAAAUACAAUAUUUUUAAAAAUAUUUCCGUAUGACAGUAUUUUUGUAAAAAUUAUCUCAAAUUUCAGUAUUUUUGUAAAUUUUCGUUUGAUCACUAUGAACUUUUGGGCUGAAUGUUAGGCUGGAUAUAUAUAAGAGUAGCCCACAACUUUUGACAGCCGAAAAAUAUCAGUGAGCGAGAGAAUCUGGGAUUAGGGGAGUAUAUAAACUAAUCCAGGCGUACAGACCAAGCAUAGUCAUCAGAAAGGAGAUAUCCCCAAAUUUCAUUUCCACAAAGCCCUAGUUCAACAGAUAGAGGAAAGAGAGUGAGAGAGAGAAAGCUCAAUCAAAAGCCAUAUCCAUAGCCAUGUCAGGACACAUCACUCAGGACUGGGAGCCCGUCGUUGUCAGGAAGAAGGCACCUAACGCUGCCGCCAAGAAAGACGAGAAAGCCGUCAACGCCGCUCGCCGGGCCGGUGCUGAGAUUGAAACUCUAAAAAAAUCUACCGGAGGAACAAACAAAGCUGCCUCUAGUAGCACAUCCUUGAACACAAGGAAGCUCGAUGAUGAAACAGAAAACCUUGCUCAUGAUCGUGUACCCACGGAGCUGAAAAAAGCUAUAAUGCAAGCUAGGAUGGACAAGAAGCUCACCCAGUCCCAGCUCGCUCAGAUUAUCAAUGAGAAGCCCCAAAUUAUCCAGGAGUACGAAUCUGGUAAAGCAAUACCAAAUCAGCAGAUCAUAACAAAGCUAGAGAGAGCUCUUGGUGUGAAAUUACGGGGAAAGAAAUAAAGUAAUCUUUGAAAAUUAACAAUGGAGGAAAGCUUCACCUAUGCUGUGUUUGGUUGAAGUUUUACGCAUGAAUCUGUAAUAGCUAAUCUUCCGAAGACAAGACUUUAUGUGCAGAAACCUAUGUUUUGCAAGAAUGGUUCUCUAAAUUUUCUGGUGUGAUGACUCUUAGUUGGAAAAUCUUCAGUCUUUCUAAUGCUUUCCUCUUUCCAUCAAGAACAAGAGCAUUAUGCAUUGUGUUGGCAAUAUAGUAUAUCAGUUGUGGACCGCA